AUGUCUUCUCACAAGACUUUCAGGAUCAAGCAAUUCCUCGCCAAGAAACAAAAGCAAAAUCGUCCCAUUCCCCAGUGGGUUCAGAUGAAAACUGGUAACAAAAUCAGGUACAACUCCAAGAGGAGACACUGGAGACGAACCAAGCUGGGCCUUUAA